AUGCCACCCAAGAAGUUGCCACCGCGGACGGCGCAGAAGCAGCCGCAAGCCCAGACAACACCGGAGAAGCCGCAAACACAGGCGCCACAAAAAAAGCAUCAACCACAGAGUGCUCCUCCACCCAAAGGCAAGAAUACAUCUUCAAGUCCUACCGUCGAUCCGGCCAUCCCAGAGCAUGAAGUGAAACAAAACUCGUCCGUGAGCGCGCAGCUCGCCCUGGAAGCCGCCAAGAAAGCUUACGAACUCCGUCAAGCAGCGUAUGGUGCUGGCGAUCCAAAUGCCCGCGAAGAAAUCCUGGCCAAAGCCAUCAACAAGGAAGUCGAGGCCGAAUCUUUUGGCAAGGCCGCGAAAUACACACGCUCGGGCGCGUUUCAGGGCCUUGCGGCUGGUGCUGGCCUCGGCGUCCAGCCUGGCGUUACUCUUGGAAAAUUGACGGGCGCGCUGGUCGGCGGUGUCGUGUCUUCGGCGGGCGCUUUACUGGGGGGAGGUAUCGGAUCUGCAUAUGGUGCCAUCAGUGGUCCAUUCUGGGACUUGGGCCAGAUGGCAAGUCAGGGCGUAAGGAGUAUUGUGGGAGAUUUUCCGAACUGGGAAUCCACGUCAAGUCAGAAGAAGGCGUUGGAAAAGAUGGUGAUGGGGGCGCAGCAGACAAAGGCUCCGUCCCAGGAAGAAUUGGAGGAGAUGCGAGCUGAUGACGGAGGUCGAGGUCAGGGGGAUCAGCAGCAAUGGGUCAAGGAUCUGACCAGCUACAUUCCCAGUAUGCCAUCCAUGCCGAAAAUGCCCUCAAUGCCUUCAGUGCCGUCGAUACCAGGACUAGGAGGGCAAUCUAAAGGGACCAACCCUACUCCAGGUGGAAAUAAGUCAAAGACCGCCACAGCAUCAAAUCAGAACCAUCAACAGAAAGCCUCAACAAAGCCUGAGGCGGCUGCAAAGCCUCAAGCUGCUCCUCCAGAAGCACCCAGCCAGAAAUUUAAAUCGCAAUCUACACCGAAGGCAGAUGAAAAUGCUCCGAGGAAGAAGCCGAAGAAGCUAGAGACCAGAUCAAGAGGAACCACUUCACAGUCUAGCCAACCCACCACUCGAAAGAAGCCACCGAAAUUGGAAACGCGUUCUAAACCCACAGCAGCAAGUGCAUGA